UGCUCUGUGUUUCACAGCAUUCUAUGCUUGAUAUUGCCACACCUGCAUAAAUUUCCUAGGAAUUUUUGGAGGUAUUCUAUCUUCCACAAUGGCAGCGCUCGCUCGAGAGAUAAUCGGCCAAUCAAGCCGCCGCUACAUCGCCAGAAGCGUUCUACAAGAAAGCCGUGGUCCACUGGGUCCCGUGCUCUUAGCUAUGGCCGACCGCAAAAGAUACGUCCUAAAAAGCGUACCAGACGACGUCUUCGGAUACUACCAAAACAUGUUCAAUGACCUCCGUCCAUGUCCAUACGUCCGCGUGGCUGCGGAUGCAAUUCCUGAGAAACACAUGUUUGCUUAUGGAUAUCUGGACGACCAUCUUCUUUCUUUCGCUCAGAAAGACGUACCCUUACCGCUCACGAAACGCAUCCUCAGGGACACUCUCCGAGGUCUCGCAGCUCUACAUGAAAGAGGCAUUGUGCAUACGGAUGUUAAGCCUAAUAACAUCAUGCUGAACUGGAACGACAAAAAUAGAGACAUUGCCGUGGAGAAAGUGCAGCUCGCCGACAUAGACGACGCCGCGUACGUGCCGGAAGGAAGCGCGCUUGUCGGGAGGGCGUUUGGGAAUUGGAUGUGGCGAAGUCCCGAAGCGCAUGCUUCGGCGGCUUGUCAUACGCCUACGGAAAUGUUUUCCUUUGGGAUAGUGUGCAUUUAUGCGCUACUCAAACGCGUGAUAUUCGCAGUUGAAGACGAGGAAAUUAUUGAGGGAGAGGUUAAAGAGGCGGUUGUCCUCGAACGGCAAUUGUCUUACUUUGCGGAUGGGGACAGCUAUCAGGGAUUGUUGAGAUACUUAGCAGACAAUCCUUGGGUUCAAGUCUUUGAAAUCGUGGCAACGACGUUUGGGGAGAAGUAUCCCCGAGAACCGUUUGCAUUGUGGAACUAUCUUGAUGCAGACUUCAGAGACCUCGUUGGACGCAUGUCGACGGUUGAUCUGAGGAAGAGAAUUACAGCGCAUGAGGCUUUGGGGCAUCAGUGGUUCGCAGAUAUCCAGGAUUGAGGACGCGG